ACAGGAGCCACCGGAUACAUCGGGGGUGAUGCAUUACAUGCCAUCGUCAAGGCUCAUCCAGAAUACGAAAUCACAGCUCUUGUUCGCAAUUCUGAUAAGGGUGCCCUAGUCGUAGUGGAGUAUCCCAAGGUAAAGCUAGUCUAUGGCGACUUGGACUCAUCCGAUCUUCUCGAAGAAGAAUCAAGAAAGGCAGAUGUUGUGUGUCAUUGGGCAGAUGCAGACCAUGAAGCAUCUGCCAAAGCCAUCAUCAAGGGUCUCUCGACCAGACAAUCCGAAGCACCCGGUUUCCUGAUCCAUACGUCCGGAACUGGUAUCCUCAUGUACACGGAUCUCGACCGAAAGAUGUUCGGUGAAGACGCCAGUAAAAUUCACGAUGAUUGGGACAACGUGAAGGAGAUGAUCACUGGCAUCCCAGACCAUGCGCCUCACAGGAAUGUCGACAAAAUAGUCCAAUCGGUACGUGAUGGACACACCGUCAAGAGCGCCAUUGUCUGUCCUCCAUGUAUCUACGGAGCUGGAAGAGGCCCAGGCAACCAGACAAGCGUCCAAGUGCCUUCGCUUGCUCGAUGCACCAUGCAGCAAGGCCAUGGUAUCCAAGUUGGUGCUGGAAAGACUUUUUGGACCCAGAUUCACGUUCACGAUCUGUCAGACCUCUAUCUCAAGCUUGUAGAGGCAGCUUCGAACGGCGGCGGAUCCGCUACCUGGAACGACGAAGGCUACUACUUCUGUGAAGCAGGGGACCUCGUCUGGGGAGAGGUAGCACAUCAGGUGGCCAAGUCAGCUCAUAAGCAAGGCUUCCUCAAAGAUGAUCAGGUUAUAGAGUAUUCAGCCAGUGAGGUUGAGAAGAUCAAGCCCUUUGGUUCUGCACUGUGGGGAUGCAACUCUAGAUGCCGAGCCAUAAGAGCUGGGAAGCUGCUGGGAUGGGAGGCCUCUUCUCCUAGCCUGAAGGAGGAUAUUGAUGCCACUGUCUUGGCCGAAGCAAAGAAGUUGGAACUGGUUGUUGGCCACGCCAAGGUUGCUGCUGGAGAGGCA